AUGUUAAAAUUAAUAAUAUUUUUAUCAAUUUUCAAUAUUUCAUUCUCAACAGCAAAUGUGUUUUCAGAAUAUUUAAGAAGGUAAUUUCAGAAAAAAAUUGGUUUCAAGAUUUUUUUUUGCAGUUCUAUUGAUUGGAAUGUGGAACCUUGUGAUAAUUUCUACCGACAUGCUUGUAGAAAAUUGAAUAAUCCAGAUUUUUCUUUUGUUCUACGAGGUCAAUUCAAAAAACUUGUUGAAGAUCAACCCUACUUCAAUGAAAAUGAGGAGAUUAUGAAAUUCUAUAAAUUUCUCAAAGUACCAACGGACAAAUCGAUGAUUUUAUUCAGAAAUCAAAUAAUGAAGGAAUAUUCUGAUUGUGAAGAUCAGGGAUUUUUGAAAAAUAUGGGAGAAAUGUUUACAAAAUAUUCAAAAAAUGCUGGAAUUUGUGUUGAAGAUAUUCUGGGUGGCAAAGUUGAGAGAACUCGGAUGAAUUUUUAUAAAUGUGUGCUUAUUUUUGUGGAUUCUAUUGAUGAGCAGGUUUGUUUUGAGAAGUGAAAAAACAUAUAAAAAAUGUCUGGAAUUUCAGUAUAAAAAUCGGCGCAAUUAUAUUCACAAUGAACUUAUUCCAAGACUAAAUCUAUAUAAUUGGAUAGUUGAAAAAGGUCAAAAUGCAAUCACACGCCUCAACAAAACUAUUGAAGAAAUUCGAGAAUAUUCAAUCGAUUUGAUCAAGGUUUUCAUCUCGAACAUUUUCUUGAAUUCAGAAGGUUCCAGAAGACUUUAG